AAUGUUUUGAAACCACUGGAUACAAAUAACACGUGUCAUUUAAAUAAAUUAUUAGAAAAGGAUACAAGUAUUAGCAACUGCUGCCUUUUGAUGAGAAACAACCUUACGCCAUAAAGAUAAUUUAGGAUAAUUCUUUAAACAUGUACGCUGAAAUACUUUUCCAAGUUCCAUUUUCGAAUGAUAUAACUUACAAGUUACAAAUUCUAAAUUUCAAGGUUUUUAUUAUGUCAAAAUAAAAAUCGUUCUUCCCCCUGGAUUUAGUUCAGAACGUCUUGAUUUACGGUGGGUUGAGGACUGGCUUGAGGAGAAGGAGGGACUUUUAUCCCGGGGUUAAAGUGCCGUAGGUAUACAUUGUUCCCACAUGUUGUUGUAGACGCGCGAAGAAAAACUGUUGACAAAUGAAAAAAUUUGAUAGUAAAAUCAUCCUUAAUAGUUGUAAAUGAUAUGUAACAUCAAUGUAUUCCUGGAAAAUACCUGAUUUUUAUUCCUUGGACGUGUAUUUUACUUUCACCUGAGUUUAUUCCGCAGAAGACGUUUGAGGUGAAUAUUCCAAGAUGGCGGUCGCUGGACAACAAGUUCCACCGUUUCCUGCUCCGCAAGGUAACUGAUUGAAUGGAUAUUUUUUAACGUAACUGCUUUAAAAUAGAUGCACUAUAAUGAAUGAGGCUUUGAUUGUAUAGUCUACCUGAAAACCAAAUGUAUUUCCAUUAAAACUGCUCUCUUGUACUAAAAUAGACCGUAAUAGCUAAAUAGCUUGACAAUAGCUGACUCUUGUUUGUAGUAAAAAUAUCAGUUUGCAGAUCUUAUUCAAAAUAAUUGAAGCAUACUACUGUGAUGUCCAGUAUGAUAUAUAAAAAGUUUGACAUGAACACAUCAAUCAAAUUGGUUUGAUUCACACUGGAGAGUCAGUCGUCAGAUUAUUUGUCAAACACUAGACAGUACAAACACAAGACAACCUAUCCAGGUGAACCAGUUGGAAAGUGUUCCCCAUAUUGACCAUAUACAAGCAAUGGUCCUGAAAUCAAUCAGGACAAACUCUACAUACAAGUCUCUCUGUACGGUCAAACUGUGCCAUUCAGACAGUUUACCUUCAUGGUACCUGUCAAUUUUCUCCCCUAGCUUACACCUGUUAAAUGAAUUUAUGCAAUAUAAUUAAUUAACAUCAAGCAUAAGUGUGUGAGGGAUGAUGAUGAUGAUGUGUUUGAGAUUAUGCAUUCAUGCAAGUUUAUCGUCCAAUCAGCUCAAGGAGUCAAGGGCAGAUUUUCAUUUUUUUUAAAAGGAGGGGGUGGAAAAAUUUCUAGUGGGGUGCAAGCGGCACCACUGAGGAGCUUCGGCAGGGGCUAGGUGUUAGGGUUAAAGACUUUCACAAAAAGUAGAAGGGGUGAAGUGAAAUUUUGGUGGGGUUCAAUACUUUAUAAGAGUGGUUAAUUCCCCUCCCCUAGUAAAUCCACCCAUGAAUCAGCUGCCUCCCAGAUAGGCAAUUGACCAUUGUGCUGCCUACCAUAUGGUACACAAGUUUUUAAAAUUACGCCAAGUUUAAAAAAAUAAUAGUCUUGCAGGCUUUAUAUUAGCUAAGGAUCAUCCGACAACAUGUCUGAUGUGGAACCGAACCGAAUUUUUCACUGGCCUUCAUGCCACACCUAUGUUGUUUGACUGUUAGCAUCCUAAAACACUGUUUUGGGAAAACACCUGUGGUUAUGCCAAAUCCAACAGAUAGCUAUAACUUAGAAUAUUUCUUUGACCAUGCUUCACAAUAUGCCAUCUUGGUUUGUCAACCCAGUCCCGCAUCCCACGCUAAAUCCCAUCGGCCUGUGGGUGUUGGUCAGGGUUUCAUACCUUGGAUGGCUUUACACCUGGCCAGCUUUACAUCUGCACCCAAUUACAUCUGCACUAGAGGUGUGCAUCAGAUCGGAUUGGACGUUUAUAAUCCGACAAUUGCCUAAUGUUUAAAAUCCGAUCCGAAUUUGUCUAAUUCGAAUCCGCCCAUAGUCCUUUUAAUGUUCUAUUUUUAAGUCAUCAAGCUUAAAAUAACUAUAGAAUUCAAGCAAGACGAUUAUAUAAGCAUCUAAUUCUCCAAUUUCAAAAAUGUAAUGUCCGCAACGUAAUGUCCGCAACACAUUAUUCAAGACAUGUUAAUACUUUUUGUUGUCUUUUUUCAGUCUAAAAUAAUGUUAAUACCAUUUUAAAAAAGCAGAACAAAUAUAAUGUCAAAAGAGCUAGACGUUUGGCUGAAAAAUAAAUUGAAUUGUUUUUUUUGUUGCGGACAUUACAUUUCUCUUACCCAAACUCUGAUGCAGCAUAAAUCACAGCAACACUGGAUAUUAUCUGAUCUAACAUUGUCAUCAUGAUAUUUGAACCUUAGACUGUGUUUGUUAAGAAAUAUAACUUAUUUCAAAGUUAAAGUGACUGAGAUAUAAUUAUUUUAAAUGAACACACUUUAUCCACAGAACAAUAGCAACAAACAAGUGCAGGUUCAAUGGCUUGCCGCAGAGUGGGCAUGCGGCAAAAUUCAAAAAUCGUUUUGAUUUAUGAUAAUCCAAUGUGUUAACUAUGGAAACAUGUGGUUAGCACCACAUAAUGUUGCAUUUUGCAAUUUUGCCAUUUUCAAUGUCUCAUGUGAAAUUGACCUUUUACAUAUUUUUGGUGAAUUCACAAUUUUGUCUCAUCUCAUUCGUUCGCAUUACAAUCUAUAGUAUUGUGAUUUGCUUGGCGUCACUGCCUUCACUAAAUUGUAUAGAAAUUGUGUAAAUGUCAUUGGAUAUCAUAGGAAUGCAAGGGUCAAUUAUGGCUCGCCUGGGUUUGCCCAAGGUUUUCUGGAACAAAUGAAUGAAUGAAGUCAACUGUGAUUUACUUUAAUUUCACUAAGUAUUCCCAUUUUAUGUCACAUUUUAUAAAAUUAGAACAACGUUUGAACACAUACAGUCCUCAAAAUUAGCGACGGCAAAUGGCAAUUGCUGCCGAAAAUGAAAUUAUCGAUGGCAAUUUUUUUUGCCAUCUAAAAUUUGUUUGGCAUUACCUUCUUUAUUAUUAGCAUGACAAAAUUACUGAAUGCUGAUUGGUUGAGAGGAGUACAAUUAUUUCAUUAAUUGUACUGCAGUACAAUUAAUGAUUUUCCCAAAACAAACAAAAAUUGUGGAAAGGUAUCAUAAACACAAAUGUGAAAUGAAAUUGCCCUAGAAGAACUAGAUGAAAAUACGAACAAAAGCACAAAAUGUUGCUUUAAAUUAACAAAAGAACUAAAUGAAAAUAUGAAAAAAGCACCAAAUUUUGGUUGAAAAUCUGGCAGGAUUGGGCUUUGGCGAGAGAAUAUGAUGUUGACAUUGAGAAGUAUCCAAUUUUGUCAUGCUAAUAAUAAACAAGUAAUCAUGCGAUGUUGCUUGUACAAUUAAUGAUUAGUAGUACUCGUGAUGUUUGGAAAUUUGGCAAAAUUUCCAAACAUCACUCGUACUAUUAAUCCCUAAUUGUACUCGCCAUCGCAUGAUUACCUGUACUUAUUCGAUUGAAUCUUCUAAAAGCUUUGCUGCUAUAUUUUAUUAAUAUGAACAGAUGAUUAUAAUGAUGGUUAUCUUUAGUUUAGAAUUCGGUACACUAUGACUAAGUUGUUGUAACUUACCUUAUUUAUUUUAUUCCUUAUUGUUCUGCUUAUUAGUCAUGUUGUGUAGUUGCUUUAUAACAUUGUUACAAACAAUUUUAGAAUGAUGUUGUGUAACAGAGUGAGCGCGCACAGGCGGUAAAUACUGCAUAUCUUUUAUUUUUUAAGUAUUGAGAAACAAAAAAAUGCCAUUUGACUUUUUAAUGACAAACAAAUUGCCGCCGAACUCUAAAAUUUCGAGGACUGCACAUAUUAUUACUUCAAUUUUCACUGGCUAUUUUUUUGGGUGGGGCAAUGUAAUAAAUUAUGUUUAUAAUUAAAUUUUGCCAAAAUCAUCGAACUGGACCUUCCAAAUGUCUAUAGCUAGCUAUAUAACAGGUAAAUAAACAAAAAGAAACGGCAAAGAGAAAAAUACAAAUCUAUUUGCACUCACUCUGAGAUUCGAACUCACAAUGUUCAACCUCAAUACAUAGUUAACUAUGCUCAAUCUAAGUGUUACAGUUAUACCCGCUCACCAAUUGUAUAUAUACAGGUUAAUCUUAGCAGACGUGAUUUAUGCGUAAAUAUGUACACUAUUGUCAGUGUUAUCUGCAGUAUUAAAACUGUAAUAUUUACAGCAGUACUACAACUGGGCGACAUGGCUGACUGGCGGAAAGUACAGUACCAGCCAAGCCUUAUCUGCUCUUUAAUACAGUUAGUAGUACAAUGCAAUACUGCUACCAGCUGAGCCUAUAUAUAUACUAUAGUAUACAACAAUACAGCAUGGCUAAAUAAACCUCAGCUUGUAGCUGUGAUGUAUUGUAGUAUACUAUAGUAUACUGAAACUAAAACUUAUUAUUUAAUAUUAAAAGAGAAAAUCCUACUAAAAAUAAAAAACCUGCUCAAAAAAUCCUAUCAAUUUGAAAUUAUAACAAAGACGUUCGUCGUCAGUGUGGUUCGGACUGUUGAAGAGACGACAGCACUUCAUGCAAAUUUGUUUUAUAGUAAUUAAAAUGAAUUACUUUAGUCUUUAGAGCGAGUGUUUUUAAAUGUGUUUUAUAUUACUUUUAUUUGUCUUUUAUCCCGUACUAGUAAGGAUGCAUGUCUUUCAGACAAUGGUUGAAUAUAUUUCUUGCAGAUCAAGAUGAACGGCAACGUUGCUUCUUCGCCGAUCAAAAACAAUUUCCUGCCGAUCAUUGAUCGUUGAUCGGCCGUUAUUUCGAGCCCUGAAUCCCAGAGUGAGCGCAAAUAAAUUUCAAUUUUUCUCUUUGCCGUAUUUGUUUUUCCUCUCGUUUAUUUACCUGUUAUACAGCUAGCUAUAGACAUUGGGAAGAUGAAUUUAGAUGCAGUUUGAUGAUUUUGUCAAAAUUUAAUAUAAUUUUGUUGGUUUUCCGAUUUAAUAUGAUUAAAACAUUCUAGAAUCCGUCUCCGAAAUGCGCGCAUUUUUUGAAUCGAUAAAUAUCGAGGUUUUUUCAAAACCGGUUUUACAGUUAUUGGAAAAUCGAGAAAACCGAACAAAGAGUCGUAUAUUGUCAAAAACCUGUAAAAUAGACCUUAGUAUUAUUUUUCGCAGUCUGUUUUUUGUGUCUUUUCGGGAAAAUUCAAUAAUGGUAGUCAAAGGGGUUUGAAACGUCAAGAUGGCGGACAAAAAACCCGGUUUUAUUGGGGUUUUUUCGCGUCGGUUUUCGGUUUACCGCCCAGACCCACUACCUACCUGGCACAAACCGUUCGAGGUCUGCUGUUGUUGUUGUUUUUUAAUUGUGAUUUUUAUAUUUAGACCAAGAACUCAAAAAUAUCAUUGAUAAAUUGGCCAAUUUUGUUGCAAGGAAUGGAACUAAAUUUGAGGAAAUGACGAAAACCAAACAGAAAGACAACCCAAAGUUUUCUUUUCUUUUUGGUGGUGAUUAUUUUAAUUACUAUAAAUGGAGAGUAUCUGUGGAAAUUGGUAAGUUUUGAAUGUUUUAUUGUUGCUUACAGGCUGCCAUCCUUUCUGUCUGAUAUGCUGCACUAUCUUCUCAUUAAGCUUUUACAAAGACAUUAGUAAAGUUCCUAUAAAGAGCAAUAAAGUGACUUUCCCCCUGAAAUUUCAUUUACGCCUCUGUGGAGGAGAGAUACAGUACAUGCACUGUAAUUCAGCACUCAAAGUAAGAAGAAGGGCUUAUCUAUCAACAAUGCCCCCUUCCCUAAUUUUCUGGCUAAUUGCCUGUAGGUGAUUGCACAAAAUUGUUACAGCUAAGAAGUAAUUAUAGCAAAGAUUUGGGUGUCACUCUUUUGCUCCCAAUCAUACUGUCUGCCACUGCUACAAGUACUGCAGUAGCUGAGUAUAGUGCAAGUAUGCAAUGAAUAGUGUAAGUAGUGAAGAAAAGAUAAAAGAUACAACGAACUAUCAUCAGUACUGACAGAAUGAAAAUGUAUUGUACAGUUACGGUAACAAUCAAGGUGCGAUAAUUCGCGUACUCACGUACCAGAGGUACGCCAAUAUUGGUGAGGUUAAGCCAUAGAAAUAAUAGAUAUAGAAUGCGUACUCCUAUCUUUUCUCAGUGAAAAAUUUGUCUCCACAAAAUGGCGGAUUUAUAAGGGCAUUUUGGUUGGUCCCAGACUCCUGAGGCGGGGAAUUUCGCGCGGUUGCAGGGAGUACGAAUUGUUUUUACAACUGCAAAGUUUGCAAAAAAUUUUUAUAUCGAGACUUAAAAUGGAAAAAAAGUUUUAUGAAGUGAAAAAAAUGUCUAAAAACCCAUUCUAGUGGGCUUUUUUUACGAAAAGCAACAGUUCUGAACAGAAUAUAUGCAGAAAUCGUCGUUUAAAAAUAAAUUUUCAACGUUGUGCAAGCCAAAACAAAACCCCAACUAUCAAGACAAACUUAAACUCAAUAGGUAUGUUCUACAAAUAUUUCAACUCUUUUAUAAAUUAUAAUAUAAAUGAAGUUCAAUCUUUUUAAACUUACACAAUUACUUUUCAUAUUUUUCUACGUUGCUUGAGCUUGAGGCAACGCUUUUGAAACCAUAGUUUUCGACGAUUAUUUAGACAAUUUUAUACAGUUUAUCGACAACUAAAUAUUUUUGUUUCAAGAACAUGUGAAACACUUCGUUUACAUUGAAGAAAAACGAAACCCGCCGACGAAGAAAGAACUAUUAUUUUGUAAUCUUAUAAAAUAUUAGCAAAGCAGUGAAGUAGUGACGUUCAGAGAAUGCAAAAAUGUUUUAUGAGUAAAUUAUAUUUACGCGAAACUACUUUGUUUUUACAAGGCUGCACUAUUUUCACCUUUUUUGUAACUGCACAAUUCCUUUGACAGUUUGUGCCUUCAAAGAACUCAAAAUCUAUCCCCAAACUACAAAUUAGAGAACAAGACAAACGUUUUGACGAUGAAAACGUAGUUUUAGCUUUGUUUAUAUUUUGUAUUUGGCACUCCUAGACAAAUUUAACAUGGCGGAUUUAUAAGGGCACGCAUGAGAAAAAGUGGAGACAUGAUUCGUGAUCAAGUACGCAUUCUAUAUCUAUUAUUUCUAUGGGUUAAGCAAGCGAUAUUUUUGCCAACACGGACGUCAUCGGAAAAUUGGUAUAUCUAAUUUUGGUGGCGUUUUGCAUCAUAGCGCUCCUGCAAGGAAGCAAAAAACUUUGAAUAUCUUGAAUUUUGUCAGAUGUGUUGAAGAUUACCACAAACUGAUUCAAACACAGUUUUUAAUCCAGUUCUCCCUCGACAAUCUGACGUCACGUCGCUUGCUUAUGCUCGCUAUUGUUUUCAGCGACAUAUCACGUAGUUACGCGGAACUGUUGUUAUCUGCUACUUACUUCUUGCUUGGUACCACAUGACAUUUUCAGGCCCAAUGUAUUCAAUAUCGUAAUUUAGUUGGUAUAUGUGUAAGUCUGACAUGUCUUGAUAUGAAACAAGAUUGGACUGAUGGCACUAAGGAAUGUUGGAGUCGUUUGUUUGUAUAUGCAAUCGUGCUUCUUGUUUUGACUCGUAGUUUGAAUAUACUUUCAGGAACCUGUACUUUACUUUAAAGAUUAGGUACACAUUGAUGAUUUGUACAAGCACAAGUACGCAGCAAUUAUAAUCAUUGGCGUAUAUCAAUAAUUAUCACACCCUGCAGUAAACAAAUCGAGGAAGGUGGUCAGUGCUUAGGUUUGCUGCCUGGCACAAUAUUAAUAGUCGCGCCUUCAUUUUAGUUUUCCUGAAAUCCUAAUCAAAAAAGAACUUUCCUAGAGAAAUGUCCCCUUAGAAAAGGAAAUGGUAUUAUGUCUCUCAGCCAAUGACAUGCAUGUACAGUAUGUCAUUUUCCUGUCUGAAUAGACAUUGUGGUUAUAUUGUAUUCUUCACUGAUAAGGACGAGUUGCUGGAGAGUUCAAGCUUGGAGUGUCUGUGGCUUUGGCUUCGUCCCAAACGCUUUACCCAGACCGCUUACGUGAUAAAUAUCCAGAUUGUGGCAUUGCCAUUUUUGGAGAUUUUAACAACUUUGUUUUACACAACCUAACAUUCAACGAUAGCUUAAAGCAAGUUGUCCACCUACCUACCAGAAGAUCGGCUUUCCUUGACCUUAUUGUGACCAAUUUUCAUGGUUUAUAUGGGAAGCCGUAUGUACUGGCCCCGCUUGGCACAUCAAAUCAUACCAUAGUUCAUUGGGUACCUCUUACUAAGGAUGCCACAAAUACUUUAAGCUCAAAACCUAAGACCAUAAAGCACUUAGUGAGACGUUACCCCCCGAUCGGGAAUUGAGGCUUUCGGACGGUGCAGGGCAUGCUUGGUGACUAUCCAACGACGGACGAAUUGGUUACCUCUUUUCCUCACAAGUGACCAAUACUCUUAAUAACAUCUUCCCACUAAAGACGGUGAAAUUACAUCACACCGACAAACCUUGGAUUACCCCUUCAAUCAAGCAACUUAUUAAAGAUCGUCAAAAAGCCUUUGAUAGAGGUGAUAAGCAACAGUGGCAACUAUUGAAGUGCAAAGUGCAAUCAGAAAUAAAACAGUGGAAGGAAAUGUUUUACAAGGAUAAGAUUCAGCAUCUUCGUAAAGAUAAUUGUCGGAAGUGGUGGAUGCUGUGAAUAAAAUGUCCGGAAGAUGAAGUAAGAGCAAAAACUUCAGUCUUGAGCGUGAUGGAAAAAUUUUAUCUGAUUCUGAAUUGGUAAACAGUCUUAACACGUAACAGUUCCUACGCGCCUGUUAAUGCAGACAUCCCCACUUGAUUGCUCAAUACUACCGGCAUUCCUACCCGCUCCUGACACACCACCUAUGAUUGAACCUUACCAAGUUUAUAAGAAACUUUGUGCUCGUCAAGCUUUCAAGACAUGUGGCCUUGAUAGUAUUACACCGUGUGUAUUAAAGGGAUUCGCUCACGAGUUUGCGGAACACGUUGCAACCAUUUUUAACACAUCCCUAACCUCUGCAACAUUUCCCGCCGUCAUCUAUCCCACCUUGACUCUCCCGAUAAGCAUAUCCGCCUACUCUUUUUAGACUACACAAAGGCUUUCGAUCGUAUCGGACAUAAUGUGCUUAUUAGUUAGCCUGCUCGCCGCCCGAAAUUUCGUUCACAUUUUCGUGUGAGGACUGCGAGCAGGCUAUACUUAUUAGCAAGCUUAUUGAUAUCGGAGUAAGGCGCUCUUUAAUUCCAUAGAUUAUAAGUUUUCUGUCUAACCGUAGACAGUGUGUAAGACUUGGUAGCGCUAGCUCGGACUGGCUAGCGGUUACAGCUGGUAUACUGGUACUUGGAAAUUCAUGGACGAUGUCUCCAUUUCCGAGUCCCUGUCAAGGAACGGUGAGUCCCAUAUGCAGAAUCAUCUUGAUGACGUCAAUACAUGGGCUGACAACAACUUGAUUUUGGAGGGACAUUCCCUGGAAAUUGUUUCCAGUCACAAGGUUCUUGGCUUGGUCAUACAGAAUAAUCUUAAGUGGAAUGGACAUAUUCAUGUGACUGUAAAAAAGAGCGUUUUCAUAUCCUUAGAGUUCUUAAACGGGGCGGAACUCCACCUCACGAACUGAUCCAUAUUUACUAUGCUCUCAUUCGCUCCGUUUUGAAGUAUUGCUAUAUUGUAUCUACCAGCUUAUCUGGCCGACUCAUUUGAAAGAGUCCAGAAAAGAGCACUGAAUAUAAUCGUCCCUGGCAGGUCUUACCGAGAACCUUUGAGUCAGCUCCAUUGUCCUCGUCUAGAUGAGAGAUGCGAUGCUUUGUGCGAAAGAACGAUUAAAAAGAUAACUGGAUGGUAACCGGCUGUAUCAUCUUUUACCUCAGACUAGAGAAAACGUGAACUAUGAUUUACGUAAUUUUAACAACUGGUCGUCCUACAGUAAUGUAGACUAACCGUUUUAAGAAAGGCUUUUUCCCAAGUAUACAGGGUGUAUCAAAAUAAACGCAAUUCAUCUUUUUUGCUUAAUAACUUUCGAAAUACUAUUUCUAGUUAAACGCUUUUAGGCUUACUUCAAAGCCUGUUCUUUUCUCUUUCAAACAAACUAUUAUCCUUGUCUCCAAUGCUAGUAAUAAUUGCACAGGAAAAGAUUUAGUAAAACCUAUCAUUUUUAGUUGCUGUUUAAUUAUGCAAGUUUACUAUGUUAUUGUUUAGUCGGUUUAAAUGUUAGAAUUUUCUUCUUUAAACUUUAAUGUUGUCGUCACUACAUCUGGAAAACCACGUAAGAACAAAUUAAAAGUAUUUUAAAAGAGACUAGGUUGUUUGAAAAUCCUAAACGAACGCUAAAAAUCGUCAAAACAUUCUGGUGUCUGCAUGCAUGAGCCAGACUGUCAUCGAAUUGCGAUGUAAUGUAAACAGAAAUUAUAGCAAGUUGAUGUCAGUCAGCUCAGAUGGUCCAAGCCAAAAUUAUAUCGCAUUUGAAGUUUCAAACUGAGUUAAAAAUAGUGGAAGAAAAGCCGUAAUUAUACUUAUUGUUACAAUCCAUUUUAUAAAAUGCAACAUUUUUUUGUUUUAAUGAAAAAAUCAGUUAUUUUCAUGAGAACGAUUUGUUAUUCCAUCUCAAUUUUUUUAAUCUCCAAUCGCAAUAACGUAAAGUAUUAUUACCCGAGAACCAAUGAGUCAAAUUUAAGAAACAACCCACUGUUAGAAAGCUGAAUGGCUACGCUUUAAAAUGAAUGUAAACUUUAACGUUUUCGUUUAUUAUUUGUUUAGCAAUUUACAUUUCAGUCGAGGAUUGCGCUUUUUUUUAUACACCCUGUAUACCUUAAUUUCUUACAUCUAAAUUUUAAAUUGUAAAUAUAGCAUUAGUUUUAUUAUAACAUAACUUAUCAUGAUGUUAUUAUUGUAAGCACAUUGUAAUUCAAUUGUUUGUGAUGAUGUGCCAUUAAAACGCAUAAUAAUAAUAAUAUUAUUAUUUAUUAAUAUUUAAUAUUUUUCUUGUUUAGCUCAAGGUAAACUUAUUCCCCAGCAUUUACAAUCUCAAGGUCAAUCUUAUCCAAAUGCUCAAGCAUCUCUAGUUCAGCAGGCCAUUGUUCAACAGUCUAUUCAGUCUGCACCAUGGCAGCAAGCACAGCAGGUAAAACGAUAAGCAGUAAUUCCUGUAAUAUUUAAGUAGCAUUAAUUAUGUUAUUGGGCAUAAUAUUCUCUUUAAAGAAAUAUUAGUUUUCCGACAUAUCUAAAAUAUACAUGUCACAUAUUUGUAGUUUGUAGACAAAGCUACAUUUUGUUUGCCAAAGUUGCUGACCCAAAACUUGUUGUUUACUGCCUAUUGUCACAUACGCCUGUAUUCUGAAAGCUCACUCACACUCAAAGAGUGAAGGUUCAAUCUGAGCUUCUCUUGAGUGUCAAUACUGUUUUUGAAUAGCUGGAGGGUGGGUAGUCACGUAUAGUAAAGCACGACACUAACCCUCCAGCUAUUCAAAAACAGCAUUGACACUCAAGAGAAGCUCAGAUUGAACCUCCACUCUUUUGAGUGUUAGCUUUUAGAAUACAGGCGUUAUUAUAUUGCGAGCAUCUGCAUUUACAUUCCGGUGGUAGUGAACAUGUUUCCAGUCGGUGAUAUUCUGGAAUAAACAUGCAACUUAAUUCCAAAUAUAGACGUCAAUAAUUUUCCGAGACAUAUUUUUAACCUACUCAAAAUGCACCACAAGCGAAAUUGGAAUCCCAGCGCAAUGUGCAGCUUUCUGUAGGCCAGUUGCGACGACAGGAUUUUUUUUUGGGGGGGAGGGACUUACUAUUUUGUGAGUUUCAAUUCUAUGGAUUUCUGGGGGCAAUUACAAUUUACAAUUUUAUUAAAUUCGCACGACGUACACAAAUAUUUUACAUAACAUAUAUCAAAAAUUAAAUAUUAUAAUAAUUAAAGCUUUCAAAGUAUUAAUAUAAUAGCAUAAUCGUACGCAGUGCAGGUCAAAGUAGCUUUACGCUUUCGGGUCGACCACCGCCUACACAGUGAAAAAGGGAGGCCGAGGUAACCAAUCAAAUGGUCACCUCACCCUCCGCCUUUCACCGUGCAUUUGAUAGUUUAUUUGAAAUAAUACAUUAAAUCAUUACUGAGCAGAUAUAUUGAAUUGACAACAACAAAUUUGUAAAUCAUUUACAUGCAUAAAUUACGAUUUUUGCGAUAGCAAUAGUGUUUGUUUAUAUUGUUUUGAAAAUACAUGGCAUGAGGCAUGAGCAUGCUCCCCUGAAUUGAAUUUUGGUUCUUUGAAAAUGUAUACUUUGUAAUAAUCUUGAACGGUCAGUGCCAGUGUGUGUAGUGGCAAUAAUAAGAAAGAUUCUGAUUGAUAGGGAUACAACUAUCUGAAAAAUACAAGGAGAACUUCAACAUUUCGAACGAAGGGCCUUCGUUGAGAAGUUAGUGACACUAAAGGCCAUGUUACACGGUGCAAUUUUUCUUGCAACUUGCAAUGCAAUUCUACUCUUGAGAGAUGUUAAUUAGUGAAAUCAGUGAAGAAUUUUCGAUAUGUUGAGAAAACAUCAGCGGAGUGUAAUGAAGACUCGUAUUUGGCAAUUUUACAUCUCUCAAGAGUAGAAUUGCAUUGCAAGUUGCAAGAAAAAUUGCACCGUGUAACAUGGCCUUAACUUCCUGACGAAGGGCCUUUGCUCGAACAUUGACGUUCUCCUUGUAUUUUUCAGAUAGUUGUAUCCCUGACUGGAAAACAUUUUGAAAAUCCAUAGAAUGGAAAUUGUAUGGACCUUUAUUGGAAAUAGAAUGGAUUUUUGAUUAUCCAUAAUAAUUGUAUAUUUCCAUUCUAUGGAUUAUUGUAAUAAAGUAUCGAAAUAGUAUGGAUACACUAUCGAUUUAGUGUUGCAAUUGCAAAUCUCAUUUGGAUUUCACAUUUUUUCCCAGUGCCUAUCAAUCUGAAACUUUCUUAUAUUUUGUUUAUAGUUUUGAUAUGACUUGCUUCAUUAUACUUUUCACCAUAUCGUGUUAUUUGUAGGUCCAACAGCCUCAGGUGACUGGUCAACAUAAUGCAAGCCAGCAACCUUAUCAGACAUCUACAGAAAGUGUAAAUAUUCCCGAAUUCGAGGGUUUUUUGGUGAAGAUCAUGCAAUCUUGUACCAAGGAAAAUAUUUCUGUAUGUACGAUAAGUGCUUAUUUUUACUAACUAACCACUUCGCCCGUAUCGUACCGUAACGUACCGGUGAGUAUGCGCAGCUUGAAGCUGUGUUUUCAAAUUUACGUACUUCCGGUUGAUACGCGUAUCAAAACUGAUAAAAAGUUCGUCGCAAGUCAACUUUUUAGCGUACUACGGAUGUAUUAACCAGUCAACAUUCACUAAAUUUUGAAAUUUAAAAUUUGUUUUGAUACGUGUCGGUACGUUACGCUUGAAGUGGAAAACGGCCUUAAAACCAUACACCUGACCUUACCAAGUAAAAUUUAAUACAGAAGAUUCGCUUAACUGUAAAGUUCUGCGUCAUUUAUUCUUUUUUCCACAUAACACUGAUAGAAUGGCAAAAACUGGAUAUUCAAACAUUGCAAAACAGAGGAUCAUUUCAAGCAGGUUGCUGACUAUAUGUUAUUAAGGUAAACAAGAUUACUGACCUCUAGGAUUUUGUCCGCUAACUCGGCCAAGCUCUCGGUGUCCAGGUCUUCUUUUGUCGAGGCCAGGAUGAGUUUGACGUUUGUUGGGAGGCGCUGAAGGAAUAGUGGUUUCAUAAUUGAAGGCUCAAGUUGGCUUGCUUUUUCACAAGACUUUGCGAAAAUGCCCAGAAGGCGAAAAUAUUGUACACUACAAUGACGGGGUAUGAGGGAUAGGCGGGUGGGUAGUGUCUCUUAUAUCUACUCUCCGAGCGUUGGCAUCGAUGUUGUUAUAAAAUUAAUUAUAAAUAGCCCAAUAAUGGAUUUUUGUUUGGUGCAAGGCAUGGAUACCCCUUGAAAGUAAUUACCCCCUGAAAAAUACCAUCAUACUGAAGUCUUCGUGAUUUAGGAAAUUGUGUGCAUAAUUUAUUGUGAUGAUAGGGGGGGGGGGGGGGAUAAAUGGAUAGGAAACUAGCUGACGUGACCUAAAAACGGCAUGUUUAGCAAUAAUACAGCUAAACAUUUUAGUCAAAGAGCAAAUGAAUAUAACUACGCCAUUCUACGAUGAAAUCUCUAAGUAUUCCCAGUCAAUUUUAGCAAAUAUUUCAAGUACUAAACCAUCCUCGUUCCAGGGCUUCUCGGCUUACUACGGCAACGCAGGCAGCCGAGAAGCCCUGGGAACGAGGAUGGUACUAAACAGUGAAAACGGCAUCCCAAAUUUCGUUAAAAUUGGGGACGCCAAUUUCGUAGCCACAAAUGUAAAAAAAUACAAAACAAAGACGAAAAACAUUUACCUUGAAUACUUUGUCGUGGCUUAGGCAUGUUUUUAAAACAGACCAGUAUAUGCUUCAAUAUUGCUCUUUUAAAACGGAAAGAAUAGCGAAACAACAAAAAUGCCGAGAACUUUGCAAUACGCGUGACGUCACAGAUUGCAACUAGGUUGUUUUUGCUUAUGUCAGCUAGAGUCCUAUCCAUUUAUUUUAUUAUCCAUGUUGAAAUCAAUCGCUAUUUACACCCAAGAAAAGGAAAGGGAAAGCAUUAACGUGGUCUAAAGUUCAUCGAGUCGACCUCACUGAUAUCAAAAGUAUGGAGAAUUUCAAGAGUGAAAUGCGUCUGAUUUGCGGAAAGGAAACCAAAGUACAUUAUUCAGAAAUCCGAAAAAUCGUUACAGAGACGAGUAGUUUUAUUUGUUUUUCCUGCAUAUAACGAAAAUCACGGACUGCAGAAUAUCUUAAAAAAGAUGUUUUUAUUAUUUGGGAUAUUUAAAGGGUAUGAGCAACAAAAUAUUUCAUUGCUUCAUCUGAAAGAGCAUGAAAAAAUAAGCCGGUUGGCCGUUUAAUGCUCUAUUCUAUCUCAUCUAGUUCCGAAGUUAUACUCAAAAAUGUGCAAAAUAUAAAUUGCUGAUUCAGCACGUGUGACGUCAUUAGUUGGGUAAGUAUGUUUAUUGAAUUGUAAACUAAAGCAUAGCUAAGUUAUUAUUGGCUCAAAUCAAAUGAAAUUUUGCAUACAGAUAGUACAUGAUGAGAUGCAUGGGAAAAUAUUUCUAAUUUUGUUGUCAAGGCAACACAGUCGUUCCCAGGCACCUUACACUGAUUUUGAAUAACUAGUUGCAUUUAUCUGUGUGUAUGUCAUUUUCGAAUUAUUAUCAUGCAAGUAAACUUUUGGCAUGCAUAGGUAUGGUACACAUACUUCUGAUAUUAUUUUUUUCUUAUAAGUACCAUGAAUAAAGUUGUUUUAUAAAAUUGGCGCAAGGGGCCAGGGGACGACAUUGUUACCUUGGCAACAAAAUUAGAAGUGUUUUUCAAUGCGUCUCAUCAUGUACAAUCAGUAUGCAAAAUUUCAUUUGAUUUGGGCCCAAAAUAACUGAGCUAUGCUUCAGUUUAGUACCAUUAAACAUACUUACCCAACUAAUGACGUCACACGUUGUGCUGAAUCAGCAAUUCAUAUUUUGCACAUUUUUGCGUAUAACUUCGGAACUAGAUGAGAUCCAGGUGAUUUUGAUACGCGGAAAAGUAAGUAAGAAGUAAGAAAGUUAAAACAACUGAAUAUCUCCUGUAAUAUACUUUAUUUCGAUUCCAUAUUUUUGUCAGAGCUAUAGUUCUCAUAACCAAACAUAAUUACAAAAUUUCAACUAGUUUCAUAAAGAAUAAUGAAAGAUAUAAUUGACUGAAUACAUCAAAAUGGAUUUCUAUUCGGACAACCCUUUCUGAGCGCUGAUUGGCUAAAAUACGAACACGAGAUCACCUGGAUAGAAUAAAGCAUUAAACGGCCAAUCGGCUUAUUUUUUGUGCUCUUUCAGAUGAAGCAAUAAAAUUUUUUGUUUGCUCAUACCCUUUAAAAAUCUUAUUUUCAUCUGAGAAUUGCAUAUUUGAAAUCAUUUUUAUUUCAAACUCACAAAGUUUGUCGAUAAAAGGUAGUUUAGUUUUAUGAACAUUUUAAAACGUUUUUCGAAGCGUUUGUGGUUGAAUUUUACAUUAAAUUGAAGCUUAUAUAACGCAUAAUAACAUACCUCACAUGUAUAUUUGGGAAAUUGAUAAUUUUGUAAUUAGAAGUGAUAUUUUGGGGUGUUUUUGAUUUCAUUUUUAAAAAUAUAAAGAAUAAAAUGCUCGUGUAACCAUGACAACCACUUCAAAUACUUCAUGUUUGGAAAAUGGGUUUCUACCAGGUUUCUGCAUGCAUGUAUUUCUAGUUUAUGUGCUACCUCAGCUCAGUGUACCGAGAGGGUCAUCUUUUAUUGGGCCACUGUUACUACAGGUAGAAACUAGAGUACCGGGAGAAUCGACAGUGUUUGGAACAGUCAACUGGAAACAUUCUUCUUUCUUAAAAUGUCAAAUGAUUUUAUUUAGUCGCCAGAUGUUGACUACAAGCCCUUGAAUCCAGACGAUGUAAAACUUCCUCCUCCCCAGCCUCCUAGUGAGAGAUUAAUUGCCGCGGUCGAAGCAUUUUACAGUCCUCCAAGUCACGAAAGACCACGGAAUAGGUGAGUGCCUCCUUGCCUUCGCCCUUUUCCGCCUGCGCUCCUUCGCCCAGCGGCUCCGCUCGUGUUCCAAGAUCCGCCAUGUAAAGUGUUGUGAAAUGUAUCUCAAUACUAAUCGUAAUCAUAGCCAACAGAAGCCUCAACCUCGUUCCAAGAGCAAAGAGCCUGGGAACGAGGUUGCAGAAGCCUCUGCGGAGGAGAGAGGGUGAGUGCAGUUACCAUAAAACUCUGAGUGUAAUAAGCUGCGAUUAUCUCAACUACUUCAAUAGUUACAAAAAC